CGGGGGCCAAGCCCAGGUGCCCCUUCUCGGACAUUUUCAACACCAGCGAGAACUCGAUGGAGAAGCACAUCAACACUUUUCUGCAGAACGUGCAGAUUCUGCUCGAGGCCGCCAGCUACCUGGAGCAGAUCGAGAAAGAAAACAAAAAGUGUGAACAUGGCUACGCCUCAUCAUUCCCCUCCAUGCCGAACCCCCGGCUACAGCAUUCAAAGCCCCCACGGAGGUUGAGCCGGGCACAGAAACACAGCAGCGGGAGCAGCACCACCAGCACUGCCAACAGAUCCACACAUAAUGAGCUGGAAAAGAACCGACGAGCUCAUCUGCGCCUGUGUUUAGAACGCUUAAAAGUUCUGAUUCCACUAGGACCAGACUGCACCAGGCACACAACACUUGGUUUGCUCAAUAAAGCCAAAGCACACAUCAAGAAACUUGAAGAAGCUGAAAGGAAAAGCCAGCACCAGCUUGAGAACUUGGAACGAGAACAGAGAUUUUUAAAGCGGCGACUGGAACAGCUGCAGGGUCCUCAAGAAAUGGAACGAAUACGAAUGGACAGCAUUGGAUCAACUAUUUCUUCAGAUCGUUCUGAUUCAGAGCGAGAGGAGAUUGAAGUGGAUGUUGAAAGCACAGAGUUCUCCCAUGGAGAAGUGGACAAUAUAAGUACCACCAGCAUCAGUGACAUUGAUGACCACAGCAGCCUGCAGAGUAUUGGGAGUGAUGAGGGUUACUCCAGUGCCAGUGUCAAACUUUCGUUCACUUCCUAGAACCCAGCAUGACAUAAUAGUGCAGGGCAAAAUAUUCACUGGGCCAAUUCAGUACAAUCUCUUAAAUUGGGUUCAUGAUGCAGUCUCCUCUAUAAAGCUAAACAAAACUAUACUUGAACAAAGGGUCAGAAGACCUGUAUUUAAGCAAAUAACUUAGCAAAAAGUGGGGUAGAGCCUCCCCAGCAGAACAAAUAUAUUCAGAAUAUUCACAUUGGAAAAAUCACAAUUUCUAAUGGCAAUGAAAAAACUUGUGUGAAAUUAUAUUGAUUUGAUCUAAUUGAUUUCAGAGGACACUGGAGAUUCCAUCCUCUUUUUCUAGUUUGCUCAUACUAUGUUGAGUAGACACAUUUAAAGAUGGGAUUAUGAACCAUUCCUGAGCUUUAUGGCCCUAGGGAAAAAAAAAAUCAAACCUGUAGUAAAGAAAAGAUAAUCAGGCAUUAAUCUUGGAUAGCUAAGGAGCUAUUAAAACUCAGCCUCGGACAGUUUAUCAUGAAGCCUGUGGAUGAUCAAUUCUUUAAAACAAAAAUGAAACAAACCCAAACUCAUUUCAUGCUCUACAAAAGGAGAGACUCCCAUGAAGCCUUUUGAAAGGGAUCAUCAUGCAGCUCAGCUUUCUGUUGGAUUCCAUGCUAAACAAGCUAACCUUAUCCUGCAUUGUUAGCACUAGGGCACCCAACUGCCAUCUCGACAGCCCGAGGCCUAAGGGCUGCAUGGGGGCAGUCCAUGCAUGACAGCCUCUAUCACACAAGGCCUAUGAGUAUGGAUUGGGGAGCCAAAAGGAAAAAGCUCCAUGUGCCUGUGUCUGCAUGGGUCAGAAGAGUUGUGCACGCAGAUUAGCAGGCCAAGGUCUGAGCCACAGCAGCAUUUUUAUUUGAGAUUUUGAUAACUGUUUAUAUGUGUUGAAAACCAAAAUGACAUCUUUUUAAAGCUUGUCCAUAAGUAAACAUAGAUGUCUUUUAUAGUGGAAAAACACAUGGGAAAAAUCAUCUAUUUUGAUGCAGCAUUUGAUAAUGAUAAAACACCUCACACCUCACUCUUUAUAGUGCACAAAAUGAAUGAGGUCUGGGCUAGGUAGAAAAAAGGUCAAUGCUGUUUUUGUUUUCUUUUAGAAUCAUUACCUUUUACCAGCUUUUAACCAUCUGAUAUCCAUAGUAGACACACUAUCAUAGUUAACAUAGUUAAGUUCAGCACUUGUCUCAUUUUAAUGUAAAGAUUUGCUUCCAUUUUCUACAAGCAGUCUUCUUCACAAUCCCCCUGUGCAGGUGCUAUUGUUGCUCUUAUAAAUGUUUCCAGAAAUGUUAUUUUCUUCGAAGUGAAAUUUCUAGCCUGCACUUUGAUGUCAUGUGUUCCCUUUGUCUUUCAAACUGCAAGGUUUUCCUUUGGUCCUCUCUCUUACCCUGGGAAGCCUUCCUGGAGACCUUACCCCCAGCUGUUUGGACUUUGUAUACUUUAAAUAAUUUAACUACCCUUAAUUACUUAAAAAAAAAAAGCUUUAUGAUUUUCAUAACUUAUUGCUGAUUUUAAUGGGUUGUUAAUUUCAGUCCUGUAGUUUUAUUUUAUGUUUAGAUAGGGCUGGGCAAGGAAAAAGAAAAUAAAGACAACCAUAUUUAGCAGUGCAGUUGAGUUGUGUGUUAAUGUUAGACUAUUCUUUUGUGAGUAGCACUUAAACAGCAUUCACAACUUUUAUAUGGAGUGUACCAUCUGGGUCAUACAUAAGACCUCAGCAUAUAUACAUAAUAUAUACUCACUUGUUCUUGUGCUCCCCCUGUGCCUCCUUCAAAAAAGUCUUCCUUGAUUGUGCUGUGUUUGAGUGGAAGAAACUCUUUGAAAUAGAUGUGUGUUUGAAAACUGCAUGCCUUUAAAACCCAGUACUAGGACUUGCUACAUUUCAGGUGCUGGGAACUAAUGAAAAACAUGACAAAACAGAUUCAUUUCUGUGGCCCAAGUAAACUGUUUCUAGUUUCAUUUAUAAUUAUUCCUGGCUAGGUCAAGAUAUUGCUCUAUAUAUUUGCUUACUUUUGACUUUCCCAAGUGAGAGUUUAAGAUUGUACUAAAAUUACCAUGGAAAGUAAAUGGAAGCCAAUGACUUUUGUUAUUCCCAUGGCAUUCACUGGCAUCUUUGGCAUAGGGCUGGAAUUUGGGACAACAUUCAGGCAAACUUGAGGGGCUGCCAUUUUGUUGUAUGUGUACAGGAUAAUGGGCUGUACAAACCUAUAGUACAUAUUUCACUUGCCCCUAAACUCUUCUUUCCCUGGUUGGUUUUCCUUUUGUGGGGGUGGAGGAUAUGGAUAGAUUGUAUGAGGAAGAAGUAUUAAUUUUUAAAAAGACAAAUGAAGACACAAAAGUUAACACAAGAAACAAAAACUGAAUAAAGAAUACCAGAAUUAUUUUCUAACAAAUACCCUUCUCCAUGAAGGCAAAAAUAUGGAUGAGUAGUCACAACUGUCUCCCAAAUGUUUACAUUGGUACUAUGUCAGAAGUCCAGAAUUAAUACCAAUUUGAAAUUUAAUCACUCUUCUGUUCUAAAAUUUAAACAUCUAUUUUUACAUAACCUAACUGCAGGUACCCAGUAACUGCUUCAAGUAGGUCACACAAACAGUUGUCAUCCUCAUCUGAUUUUGAAACAUUUUAGAGAAUCCCUUUGACUAUAGCAUUAUGCAAACUGAAAAGUCUCCAUGUUCCCAUUUGAUGCCUUAACCCUCAUUAAUCUUAUUUAGGAUCUUUUAGUAAAAUGCUUGUUGAGUGACCCUUAUAUUACCAAAGGAUUCUAAUGAAGUCAUUGAGUCAGACUGGCAUAGAUAUGAAAAUACAGAAAAAAUGCUUUUUCUAGUCCCCAUGACAAUGUGGACUAGAAAAAUGGCAAUAGCUGUUUUUAGAAUCAUGAAGGGGUUUUAAAAGGCAAUGAGAAUUGUUAAGGCCAAGCUCCUUACUGCCUCCUGGUUCCUGUCUCCUAAAGAAACUGUUUAGCCUUUUAGGAAUUUUGAGAAGCUUUUUUCCUUCGCUUGACUAAACAGCUGCUUUUCCCCUGUUUUUUAUUAUCCUUCCACCUAAAUAUUCUUAACCCAAAUCAAAGUCAGAUUCCAACACACCUACCAAAUGUAGCAUAAUGGGGGAAAAGCAAGGGUUUUAAUUAAAUUUAAUCCCAUUAUAACAUUUAGUAGACACUGAGCAAGUUAUUCAGUCUCUUCAUAGAGCCUGUUGCCUCCCUGAAAAGUUGCUAUAAAUACUAUCUUCAUCUUGAAACAUAAGGAUUCCGCUUAUACAUGCAGCUUAUCACCCUACUCCUAAAAUACAUGUGAAUAGUACCUCCAUCCAUAAGAGGUAUAUAUACUUCUCUACUUUUUCUGAUGAAUGCAAUCUUCUAAUUUCCUUAAUACUGAAUUUUAGCUCAGGUGUGGUGGCACAUGGCUAUAAUCCCAGUGACUCAGAAGUCUGAGGCAGUAAGAUUGCCAAAUUCAAGGCCAGCCUUAGCAAUGGAGACCCUGUCUGAGAGGCUGUAGCUUAAUAGUAAGACACCCCCGGGGUCAAUCCCAAGUACCCAAAAAAAUUGUGGUGCUGGGGAUUGAACCUAAGGCCUCAUGCGUACUAGGAAUACACUCUAUCACUGAGCUACACUUCCAUCCCUGAAAAUAACUUGCUCAGUGUCUACUAUUAACACAAUUCCAUGGUAGUAGUACUUUUCUUUUGAGAUAGUGUUUCACCAUGUUACCCAAGCUGGUCUGGAUCUUGUGAGCUCAAGUGAUCCUCCUGCCUCAGACUCCCAAAUAGCUAGAACUAUAGGCAUUUAUUCCUGGCUUGACUUUUGAUCAUCUUUUAAAAUUUCUUAAAUAAAGGCUUUAUAAGAUUAAUGUGUCAUCAAUUUUUAGUGAUUAUCUGGUCUUUAUGGACUAACAUCAUACUGCAUACUAUAAACCUCUGUGAAAAUGAGUGUCCUAGUUAAUAUUUAGUGCUGGCCUUGCCAAGUAAAAUCAGUAGCUAUCUUCUUGGCCCAUGGUCCAGAUAGAAGGAAACUGCUUUUCUCGUGGACUAUGUCUGAUUCUUUAAUACAGUGUAGUUUGAAAAAGAUGUACUGGAUGAGGAUUCUACUCUUGGUUGUUUUAUAUUUCUUCCAAGUCAUGAUUGUGAAAAAUGACUCAAAUGAAAUGCACUUAAAAUACUCCCAAUUAAUCUACUGUAAUUUUGGAAAUGUUUCUAGUCCCUCAAUUCUUUUGCUCCCUGCCAUGGGGAAUGCUUAAAAAGUUUUUCUUGGUAGGGCAAUAAUUGGGAUAUUUAUUUUAGAUGUUCACACCAGGGCAAAGAAUAGCAUUGCAAAAAUAUAACAAAAGCCAUAAAGUACUUCUAAAAUGUGUAUUAAAAGGAUAUAAAUUUAAGAGAUCAGUUGUUUCUAAAUUAGUAACGCAUCACACUUUCUGAAAGCUAGGUCAACUAACCUGACAGCACUUUUGGAGGGGAAAAAAAAAAAAAAACACUCCAGGCAAAAGAACCAAAGGGAUACUUACUCUUCCUUCCUGCUACUUCUGAGCAAUGAACAACUGGACAAUUACCAUCUAUUAAAGACUAGCCUAGCUGUAGAUCUCAGGCUUCAACUCUAGUUUCUCAGGAUAUGGAAUCAAGUUUUCUCCAAGCCUGAAUUCUUUCUUGGGUCACAAAUUCACUGCAUCUUGCUAAAGUAAGUACAGGGCUUGAAAGGGAAAAAACAAAAGCACAUCAGUUUCACCAAGAAAGGGAAAUCAAAGAGCAAAUUAAUAACCAUGAUUUGGGGGCCCAACUUGAAAAAGUAGCUCUUCAAACUUUUCCUCCUCCUAAGAAUGGCUCCUUUAGCUUUGCUUUAAAAAAAAAAAAAAAAAA